AUGACCUCCCACCAUGAUCGUCAUUACCAUCGUUGUUCCACCGACCCCAGCAAACGCACCGACAGAGAGCAGGUACAGUCUUGUUCAGAGGAGCAAACGGUCAAAAUCCUCAAAUUCUCCUCCAGGGACGCUUUCCCUUUCAUCAAAGUCUUUGAAGCCCCCAUCCGGCUCGCGCACAAGAUGGCCCAGACUGUGAAUCCCUUCCCCAUCCGCUUUGAGAAGCAUGUUGUCGCUCCGCCGUACGAGAGAGGAUGGAGUUACAUCGAGCGCAGGAACGGGCAGCUCUGCCUGGUGAGGAACAGGAAGGACGUGUUCCGUCUCCAUCGGCCGUCGAAGAAGAGAGCAGCGCCGCCGAGAGACAGGGAUAGAGACCCAGAGAGAGAGGUGAUCAUCGUGCGUGAGGAGGACAUGGAUGUCAUCGGUCGCCAUCAUCGGGUCCAUCCGCACGGAGACAGACUCUUCGUGGAGGUAUGUCAAGAAAGAAGGGAGCCAGGUGAUCCGUCUCCUCGACCUCGACCGCCGAGGAUUGAAGUCCGACGACCUCUCAACGCCACACCACCGUGUUCUCCUGUGUUUGAAGAAACGCCUCACCACCGCAGGGAGUCGUUCCCGUUUCGCCUCGUCCAAAAGAUCCCCGUCGAGCGAGCGCGUCUUCGUUGCGUCAGGCAUGCUCGAGCGCCAGAAGACCCUCUCCACUGUUCUUCCCCUGGACCACCACCGCCCCAAGUCGUCGACGACUGUUACGAAGACGAAGUCUUCUUUGACCCCAUGAGCGACCUAAACGCUCGGGAACCUCGGCCCUACCACAUCCCCGAACCCGAGAACGCCGUGUGGGAUGAGGACAUGAACGCCUGGGUUGUGCGACGCUCGCCCAAAGUGCGAUUUUGCUGA